AUGGCAAACACAAACCUCACCUUCAAAAAGCUCGUCCACAAGCUCUCCACGCCCGACGCCUACCAGCGCCUGCGCUCCAGCAACCACGACGACGCCAUCCCCCUCCUGCGCCGCGAGCCCCGCGAUCCCCCGCCGUCAUACUCGCGGGAGGCGCCGCAGCAGGUGUACACGAGCUUUCGGGAUGAGCAGGCUGGGGAGCAGCAGUGGGGAGAGCAGCAGCAGCAGCAGCGGGGGCAGAAGAUACUGUGCACCGCGGACCGGUUGGCGGUUGGAAUGGGGCUGGAGUACAAGAAGCGCGAGGUGCUGCUGAAGCGGACGAGCUCGAGUGCUGGGGUGGGCGGGGGCGCGUAUAAGAGGGCGGGGGGCGGGGGGAGGUCGGGGAGUAGGAAGAAAUGA